GGCGCGCGUACAGCCGUAGGUGAGCAAAUGAACGAUUUCGGGUUUUCACUUCCUGAUUUCAAUGGUAUAACCAAUGAACGGACAAUACACGGACCGAUUUCUUUCGGGAAUUAACCUCCACUGAACAAAAACGGAUUGACCGAACAGUUCUAACUGCAUGAUUACGCUCUAUUUAUACCUUUACUCGACAAGAGGCAUCCAGCAUCCUGACAAUAUACACAGCAUUGGCAGAGCCUUUGUUCUCAGCCGACCUUGUGACAGGUAAACUCCAGAGAUUCUGAGCCAAGGCACCGGUGCGCCUCACCAUCCACUACCAUGGCCAACCAGGACUCUACCAACCCGUCCCAUGCCUUGUUUGAGCAGUUCGUCCAAGCCCAGACCUGUAAGGAGGUGCAGCGUUUUUUCUCAGAGCUUUGCCACCACCUACAGGUGGACCCCAGGGACUACCAGAGCUUCUUCACCAAGCUCAAGGAGAGGCUCAACUACUGGAAGGCCAAGUCCCUCUGGGUCAAGCUAGACAAGCGGGCCCAACACCAAGACUACCAGCAAGGCGAAGUCUGUGCCAAAAACAAGUGCCUGGUGCUAGGUGCAGGGCCGUGCGGGCUCAGGACAGCCAUAGAGCUGGCUCUGCUGGGGGCUCAUGUGGUGGUACUAGAGAAGAGAGACUCUUUCUCCCGGAAUAACGUGCUGCACCUGUGGCCCUACACCAUCUAUGACCUGCGUGGGCUGGCUGCCAAGAAGUUCUACGGCAAAUUUUGCACGGGAGCUCUGGAUCACAUCAGCAUCCGUCAGCUCCAGCUGAUACUGCUGAAAGUGUGUCUUCUCCUGGGGGUGGAGGUUCACACAGGGGUGGAAUUCAAAGGAUUUGUGGAGCCCUCAGGAGCCACAGGCUGGAUGGCAAAGCUGUUUCCUGACAAUCACUCUGCUGGGAAGUUCCAGUUUGAUGUCUUCAUAUCUGCAGGAGGAGGAAGCUUUGUCCCGUAUGGCUUCAAGAGGAAGGAGCUGCGAGGGAAGCUGGCCAUUGGCAUCACGUGUAACUUCAUCAACCGUCACACUGCAGCCGAAGCCCAGGUGGCAGAGAUCAGCGGUGUGGCACGUAUCUACAACCAGAAGUUCUUCCAGGACCUGCUCACAGAGACGGGUAUUGAUCUGGAGAACAUAGUCUACUAUAAAGACGACACCCACUACUUUGUCAUGACUGCCAAGAAGAAGAGCCUGUUAAAGAUGGGGGUCAUUAAACAGGACUUUAGUGAUGCCGAUAAGCUUCUGGCCCAGGUAAAUGUGGACCAGGAGGCCUUGUUGCGUUACACCUACGAUGCUGCCCAGUUCUCCACGGGCCACUGCCUGCCCGACAUGCAGUUUGCCCAGAACCACGCUGGCCAGCCUGACGUGGCCAUGUUCGACUUCACCUGCAUGCACCGAGCUGAGAACGCCUCUCUGGUCAGGGAGAGAAAGGGCAAGAAACUACUCAUGGGCCUGGUGGGAGACUGCCUGGUAGAGCCGUUUUGGCCUCUGGGAACAGGUAUUGCCCGUGGGUUCCUGGCUGCCUUCGACACAGCAUGGAUGGUUAGGAGCUGGGGCAAGGGAAGACCCCACAUGGAAGUCCUUGCUGAACGAGAGAGUAUCUACCAGCUCUUGUCCCAGACCACGCCAGAGAACACCUGUAAGAAAUAUAGCGCCUUCAGCAUAGACCCGGCUACACGCUACCAGCACGUCAACCUCAACUCCGUCAAGGCCAUCCAGGUGAAACGCCUCUAUGACGUGGAAGAACACCUUAAUCCUGGCCGACCCACCAAGAAGCCGAAAGGCAAGUGGUCUCACCUGCGACAAGAUUCAGUUGGAGCAUUUGAGGUGCUUUUGAAGUGGUGCCAGCAGCACACUGCAGGGCACGACAGGGUGAAGGUGAAAGAUCUGAACCAGUCCUGGAGGUCUGGCCUGGCCCUGUGUGCCCUCAUCAACACCUUCAGACCCCAUGUCAUUGACAUGUCCUCUCUGGAGGAGUCUAAUGCAGUCUACAAUAACCAGCUGGCCUUCAACUUCCUGGAGAGAGAGCUGGGCAUCCCUCCCAUAAUGUCAGCCAGUGAGAUGUCUUUCAAGGGACAGCUAGACAAGCUCUCCAUGGUGCACUACCUCACACAGAUCCACGAUGCAUUCAAUGAAAGGACACCUACUAAAGAACCUCAGAGCUUUCCCCUGAAGCCAUCCAAGACCCUGUCUUUUCGGGCUGCUGUGGUCUUCCUCAACAACCUCAAGCACAACUCUCUGCAGCGACGCAAGGAGAGACUGGCAAGCAAGAAAGAAGAAAAAAGGAUGAUGGGAGAGGAAAAGGAUCCUUUAGCUCCUCUCUCAGCCCCUACGGUGAACCCUGACCCUGUGAACCCUGACCCUGAACCGAGCCUGACGCCAGGCAUCAGUAGCAAUGAGGAGUGUUACUUCUGUUGCCAGCGGGUCUAUGUUCUGGAGAGGAUCAGUACUGAGGGAAAGUUCUUCCACCGUAGCUGCUUCACCUGCCAUCAGUGCGGCACCACCCUUAGACUGGGCGGGUAUACCUUCAACCAGCACACUGGGAAGUUCUACUGUGAGCUGCACUCUGAACAACUAGAGAUGGAGAACGGGGAACAAUGCCCAUCCGUUCAGGAUACAAUAGAAGAUCACAAUGAGAAGGAGAGAGGUGUGAAUGGGAUCUCCAGUGAAGAGCACUCACCUUGUCCCUCUGAAGAUGAUGAUGAAGAGUACUCUCUAGACUUGGGUCUUCCUAAACCAAUGGCUCCUCAGGGUGAGGAGCACCCCAGCAGCAAACAAUCGAAUCCUGUAGAGGAGCCCCAUGUCCCACCAAAUCCACCCAUAGACGUUUUCCUGGAGAAAGGGUUUAAGGCCAGUGAGGUGGAGGAAGAAAAGGAGGGGAAGGAGAGGGUCAAGGAUCCCCCCUCAUACCCCCCGACCCCUGUCCCAAAACCUCGUCUGUCUUGUUCGGAAAUCUCCAGCCCUCAGGCCUCCCCUCCUGUACCCAAACCACGCACCGUCCUCCCCACCCCAAAAAGGGACAUGUCACCGGCCCAUGUAGGGGAGAAGGGGUCCCUCGGAGCAGCAGGAGAGAAAGGGACCCCCAAGUCAACCCCAGCCUCUGACUCCAGGGCGAAGCAGUCCCAGCGGAAGCUGCAGCUCACUGACAAGGAGAAUAACCAAUUAGUCAACCUGAGCUUCAGCCUGGACUCUGACUCAGAGACACCUGGUUCUUCCUCCUGCUCCUCUUCAACAGCCACAGCAGGGGGUCCCAGCCCACCCAAAUCUCCAGUUGCAGAUUGCCAGGAGGAGGAGGGCUACUGGAUUGGGGGCCCGAGGCCGGCGGGACACAUCCGGGAGCUCAGGAACCGCCGCUGCUUCAGAAGGAAAGAGGAGCCUCAGGAGGGCCAGGGUCAACACGGCAGGGUCCGCUCCAAGUUCUCCCCUUGGAACCUCUCCUCCCCUCGGCCGAGGAGGGACUACCGCUUCAGCGUCCUCAAUAGCCAACCAGAAGUACACUAUCACCACAGUGUAUCCGAAGAUGGUGGUGCUGCUGCUGCUGCUGCUGCUGCUGCUGCUGAUGAUGAUGAUGAUGAUGAUGAUGAUGAUGAUGAUGAUGAUGAUGAUGAUGAUGAUGAUGAUGAUGAUGAUGAUGAGUUGGAUAUGUUUGGAGUAGAUGGCAUGGAUUUAUAUGAUGAUAAGUUCCAGAUCGUCCCUUCAGACCCUGUGAAGGCUGAGAAGCUACAGCUGAUGAAGAUGAGGACUUUGGCGCGUCGGGCCAAGACAUCUGAGAUGCAGCGCUUCCACAAAGCCCAGUCUAUCCAGAGGCGACUGGAGGAGAUCGAGGUGACGUAUAAAGAGCUGGAGGAUAAAGGUGUGGUGCUGGAGCAGGUACUCAGAGGAGAGGAAGACAGCUGUGGUUCUCCUGGGAUGAUCGACCAGUGGGUCCAUCUGGGUCACCAGAAGAACACUCUGGUCUCUGAGGAGUCAGACCUUAUAGUGGCGUCUCGACAGCUAGAGCUGGAGGACAAACAGAGCACGCUAGAGAUGGAGCUGAGACAAUACGAGCUGGAUGAUUCUGAGAAGACGGUGGAGCAGCAAGCAGAAGAGGAGCGUGUGCUGCAGGAUAUGCUGGAGGUGGUGGACAUGAGGAACUCUCUGGUGGCCUUCCUAGACGAGAAGAGACUACAAGAGAUGGAGACUGAUGAGCAGCAGUCCACCUCGCUGCUAGAGGUCAAGAGACACCCUACAGCCUCAGCGGGGGCACAGGUGUACUGGGCGUGAGGGUGACUUGGACUGUAAUAUACACCAACUGUACAAAACAUUAAGAACACCUCAGAACAUACUAAAUUUGUUGGUGCAUGGACUCUACAAGGUGUCAAAAGCGUUCCGCAGGGAUGCUGGCCCAUGUUGACUCCAAUGAUUCCCACAGUUGUGUCAAAUUGGCUGGGUGGUGGAGCAUUGUUGAUACACACGGGAAACUGUUGAGCGUGAAAAACCCAGCAGCGUUGCGGUUCUUGACACACUCAAACCGGUGCGCCUGGCAUCUACUACCAUACCCCGUUCAAAGGCACUUAAAUCUUUUAUCUUGCCCAUUCACCCUCUGAAUGGCACACAUAGACAAUCCAUGUCUCAAUUGUCUCAAGGCUUAAAAAUCCUUCUAUAACCUGACUACUCCCCUUCAUCUACGCUGAUUGAAGUGGAUUUAACAAGUGUCAUCAAUAAGGGAUCAAAGCUUUCACCUGGAUUCACCUGGUCAGUCUAUGUCAUGGAAAGAAUUCCUAAUGUUUUGUACACUCAGUGUAUAUGCACAAACACACGUACAGGUACACCCACUGCCACACACACACACACACACACACACACACACACACACACACACACACACACACACACACACACACACACACACACACACACACACACACACACACACACACACACACACACACACACACACACACACACACACACACACAUACAUACAUUACAUACAUACAUACAUACAUACAUACAUACAUACAUACAUACAUACAUACAUACAUACAUACAUACAUACAUACAUACAUACAUACAUACAUACAUACAUACAUACAUACAUACAUACAUACAUACAUACAUACAUACAUACAUACAUACAUACAUACAUACAUACAUACAUACACACACACACACACACACACACACACAUGAAUACAUGUGCAGUUACAUACCCACUUAAAUAUAUUAGUAGAGACUUGCUGCUUACAGACAGACCCAUAACGUUGCAUUUGUGAAGCCAAAGAUUGGUGAAGGUAUUUCUCAACAAGUGUUGUGCUCAGUGUUGAGGCACAGUAUACUGACCAGAUGCAACGACACAGACCCUGGCCUGGAGAACUGGCUGUCCUUCCUGGCCUGUCCCCAUGGGCAGUCCAUCCGCAGUCAAGGCAGUCCUGCUCCAGCAGCAGCCCCAGGAUAGAGAGACCACCACAGCCAGCUGAACUCACACCAACCUCACUGAGGACCUGCUGACAAUACAAAGCCAAGGACCCAAAGUCGCAUGUUCUUAACACAUGGUGGAUUGUGGAGAUAUUAUAUUCUGUGGGUUGGACAGUAUUGUUUCAAAUGGAUUCUGGAUUCAUGUUCAUUUAUUUUGGUAAACCUAAAUCAGCUAGUUCUGCUAAGCACAAUGGUAAUGAGAUUAUCGCAAUUCUACUUUUGUAUAAUGUAGUGACAAAAUUAGAUAUAAUACAAAAAAAAUUGUAGUUUGAGAUUGGACCAUAAAAAUGUGUUUUGAAAUGUCCUUAUAUUCCAUGAAAACAUACAUGAAAUAAGUUGCAAAAUGAACAGGAAAUAUAGUCGAGGUGUUGACAAGGUUAUUAAUAAUGAUUUUUAAUUGAAAUAAUAAUUGUGUCCUUCAAACUUUGCUUUCUUCAAAGAAUCCUCCAUUUGCAGCAAUUAAAGCCUUGCAGACCUUUGGCAUUCUAGUUGUCAAUUUGUUGAGGUAAUCUGAAGAGAUUUCAACCCAUGCUUCCUGAAGCACCUCCCACACGUUGAAUUGGCUUGAUGGGCACUUCUUACGUACCAUACGGUCAAGCUGCUCCCACAACAGCUCAAUUGGGUUGAGUUCCGGUGAAUGUGCUGGCCACUUCAUUAUUGACAGAAUACCAGCUGACUGCUUCUUCCGUAAAUAGCUAUUGAUUAGUUUAGAGCUGUGCUUUGGGUCAUUGUCCUGUUGUAGGAAUAAAUUGGCUCCAAUUAAGCGCCGCUCAGUUGUGCACCGGGCCUCCCACUCCUUUUUCUAUUCUGGUUAGAGCCAGUUUGCACUGUUCUGUGAAGGGAGUAGUACACAGCGUUGUAUGAGAUCUUCAGUUUCUUGGCAAUUUCUCGCAUGGAAUAGCCUUAAUUUCUCAGAACAAGAAUAGACUGACAAGUUUCAGAAGAAAGUUAUUUGUUUCCGGCCAUUUUGACCCUGUAAUCGAACCCACAAAUGCUGAUGCUCCAGAUUCUCAACUAGUCUAAAGAAGGACAGUUUUAUUGCUUCUUUAAUCAGCACAACAGUUUUAGUGUGUUUUCAGUGCUAACAUAAUUGCAAAAGGGUUUUCUAAUGAUCAAUUAGCCUUUUAAAAUGAUAAACUUGGAUUAGCUAACAGAACGUGCCAUUGGAACACAGGAGUGAUUGUUGCUGAUAAUGGGCCUCUGUACGCCUAUGUAGAUAUUCCAUUCAAAAUCAGCCGUUUCCAGCUACAAUAGUCAUUUACAACAUUAACAAUGUCUUCACUGUGUUUCUGAUCAAUUUGAUGUUAUUUUAAUGGACAAAAAAGUUAUUUAAAAAACAAGGACAUUUCUAAGUGACCCCAAACUUUUGAAUGGUUGUGUGUGUGUGUAUAUAUAAUAUAUUAUUAUAUAUUAUAUAUAUGCAGUUAAUGUGAUUUUUCCAGUUUUUUUAAAUGAUAUUUCCACACUGAUGUCAAAAUUACACAUUGAAAUUAUGAAAUGAUAGUGCCCUUUUUGUGUAAGAGCUGUUAGAAAAACAGGACGGUAGCUCUCAAGGAACAGGGUUGGCGAGCCCUUGUCUAGACGAUGCUAUCCACCAAUCAGGCUAUGUAUGUAAAUAUAUUUGUAUCAAACAUUUGUAUCAACACGAUCAGACUGAGCAUAUAAAAAGAAAAUAUUAUAUUCAUGAAAUAAAAACAGUGAUUUUAUUAGACGUACAGUAAUGAUUAAAAAAAAAAGAACAUUAAGACUGCAUGGGGGCUUUAAAUAAUAUGAUAUUACUAUAUAUAUAUAUAUUUUUUUUUUACUUCGUUAGCACUUGUCAGUGGCUCAUGUUGUGGAUUGCUUUGCAUGUUACAUUGAUAGUUGAUGUUAUUCUCCCGAGUGGCACAGUUUUUUUAAUUUUAUUUAUUUAACCUUUAUUUAGCCAGGUAGGCUAGUUGAGAACAAGUUCUCAUUUGCAACUGCGACCUGGCCAAGAUAAAGCAAACCAGUUCUACACAUACAACGACACAGAGUUACACAUGGAAUAAACAAACAUACAAUCAAUAAUACAGUAUAAAAACUCUAUAUACAGCAUGUGCAAAUGAGGUAGGAUAAGAGAGGUAAGGCAAUAAAUAGGCCAUGGUGGCAAAGUAAUUACAAUAUAGCAGUGGUCUAAGUCAUUGCAUCUCAGUGCUAGAGGCGUCACUAUAGACACCCUGGUUCAAAUCCAGGCUGUGUCACAACCGGCUGUAAUUGGGAGUCCCAUAGGGCGGUGCACAAUUGGCCCAGUGUCGUCUGGGUUUGGCUGGUGUAGGCCGUCAUUGUAAAUUAGAAUUUGUUCUUAACUGCCUUGUCUAGUUAAAUAAAAAAUAAAUAAAAUAUUCUCAGGGGUUAAUGGUGCUCUCUAGGAAUCCAUGUUGGAUGGAUUUUAUAUAUUGGUCACUUCGUGGAUAUGUGUGGUACUAAGACUCAAUUCUGACCCUUUUUCAAUAAUUCGUUUUUUGACCAAUCUUUUUUAGAGCUGAUCUGAUUGGUCAAAAGAUCAGAAUUUGUCUGCCUGUCUAAACGCAGCCUAUGAUAGUGUAUGGGUGAAAUACAUUCUGAAGUGACCGGGUAUUUUUUUGUUGUUGACUAUAACCAUUAGCCAUCAUUUGUCAUUUGCAAAUCUCUGUAAAUAAAUAUAUGUUAACAGUAUGGCCAAGUUUAAUACAGGGAAAACUGUUGUGAGUGAGACCCGGCCUUAGGCCUAUGUAUCUUAUUAUGCUGCCAGGACAGUACUUUGCAGAAAAUCAAAUAAAGAUAAUGCAGUUUCA